ACGUGCGCGUUGCAUUGUGGUCGCCGGUGUUCGUACAGAAACAGAAACUACACACCACUCUCUCCGGUAAUAUUCAGAUACAGGACGUGAGAAGGUCAAGGGAUCUUUCACAGUCUACAAAGCAGCCAUGUCGUCGACGUCCCAAAAACAUAGAGACUUUGUGGCCGAGCCCAUGGGCGAGAAGCCUGUGAAUGCUCUUGCAGGCAUCGGAGAGGUCCUUGGCAAACGACUGGAGGAGAAAGGUUUUGACAAGGCGUAUGUCGUCCUCGGGCAGUUUCUAGUGCUAAAGAAAGAUGAGGAGCUUUUCCGGGACUGGCUGAAGGACACUUGUGGGGCAAAUGCCAAACAACAAGGUGACUGCUUUGGCUGUCUUAAAGAAUGGUGUGACGCCUUCCUAUAAACCAUUCAGCCGCUGUUUUCUACUUUUGAAGUCCAAACUGUACAUUACCUCUUCAGUGAUCUUCAGCUACACCAUAUAUAUCAACUGACACUGUACACAUUAAUGAGGUUUUCUGAAGUCAACAUGUUUUUAAAAGAUGCUUAUUGUGGUUGGUGUGUUGAUGAAAUCCUGCAGCCUGAAAAUCCCAAAUAGAAGUCACACAUGCCCCUCUUAUGGUCUUUGACAAAUAGGUGUAGUUUUAUAGUUGCUAACUCUUUCUCUCUUAAACUUUUGACUGCUCUGAUUUGUCGUAGUAAACAAACUGCUUGACAGAAAGCAUUAAAGGCAUACUAUGUAGCUUUUUUCUAAAAAUCAAUAAAUACACUUCCAAAAAUGAUCCAUAUCAGUCAAUACUUAUGACCCACUAGAAGUGUGUAGUGGUGUUUGUAUCUACAGAGACUCUGCUCUCUGCAUUUUUUUAUUAUUUUGCUGUGUUCAUGAUGUUUCUUAGCGUCAGCCUUCGGGCAAUGGGUGUGUAGCUCCCAACCAAUAACAGUGUGUUUAUUUGUGCUUUAGAACAAAACCGCUGUAACCGCCGAUCAGAAAAUAUUUAAUUUCUCUGAUUGACAGCUUUGUUCUCCCUAGCACUUCUCUCUCUCUCUCUCUCUCUCUCUCUCUCUCUCUCUCGCUUGCUUGUGGCUGCUUAAGGCUGAAUUAUAAAUUGGUAUUACAUCCAUUGUUCAUCAUUCACUAAAAUGUGUCUUUUCAAGCUCAACCUCAGCAGUUUGUUCAUUGUUCAAACAUUUUACCAUUCUGGUGUAAUCUUAGUUCACGCAUUGUUCUUCCUUGAAAUGUGAUUUAUCAGUACAAUCCAGACUAAUGUUUGUACUUAAAUUCAACUCCUGGGCUUCUUUCCUGUUUUUAAAGCCAUUGGAAAGUGUGUAAUGUAAGCUGUAUUAGUUUUUUCUUCUUUUUUUUUUAAAUGACAGAGCAUACCACAGUUUAGUAUCCUAUACUGUAAUUCUAUCAACAAUUUGGUAGUCUGUUUGAAGUGUUUUGCAGACGAUGUAAAUGAGUUAUAAAGACACAUGAAAACUGAACCUCAAAAACUGAUGUCACACUGGUCUUUGCUGAGAAUUAUAUAUAUAUAUUUUGUAAUUAUGAAAGAUUUGCAGUUUUAACUUCUUGAAACCCCCUCACAUCUGAUCUGCUCAGAGCUUGUUUGAACCUGAAGAUGGAAAUGUGUACAAAUAAAGAUGCCAAUGUUACAAACUCAAACACCCAAUAACGUGUCAGUCUAUUGCUGACAAGCGUACAUUUACAUAAUUAACUUAGUAGUGGGUUUCUACUGGAUUCACUAGAUAAUACUUUUUCUUACAAAGCUUUUAGUACUUGCCUGAAGUUCUGGGGGUCGAAUCAAUUGAUGUGGCUGGUUGGUGUGUUCAGUGACUGCCAUGAUGUAAGGACUAUGUGAGUAGUAUUGAUUGAACAUUGCAGUGAAGCAACACCAAAUGCAUUGCAAGUUUUUCAUGCUAUCCAGGCAUAAAACCAUCCUUAUGACAACAUUGUCAAAAUCAUAUGGCGGCCAUCUUAAUCAAAACACAGCCAUGAAACACGAGUCAGCACUAUUUUUCCAGUAACAGUUAAGUGGCUAAAGUAGCUGAUAUGCUGAAGUAAUCUGGUUGAAUGUGUUAGAGGCUUCAAUAGAAAUUGACCUUGGUUCUCAUUUUGCAAAUAAAAAUCCAAACAAGAUUGAGAAAAAA